CCGUUUAUCUGCCGUUAGGAGGCGCUGGGUUGGUUUGCUGAUCUGCCACGUCACCUUCCAACUCGUCACUGCAUAAAUAGAAAAGAUGGCUGCCUCCAUCCGGGAAAAACAGACAGCUGCCUUGAAGCGGAUGCUGAACUUCAAUACCCCACCACUGAAAAACACAACAGCUGAACCAGUAUGGAAGGUCCUUAUUUAUGAUCGCUUUGGCCAAGAUAUCAUCUCUCCCCUUCUAUCUGUGAAAGAGCUAAGAGACAUGGGAAUCACUCUUCACCUUUUAUUGCACUCGGAUAGAGAUCCCAUUCCAGAUGUCCCUGCAAUUUAUUUUGUUAUGCCCACAGAGGAGAAUAUAGAUAGGAUAUGUCAAGACCUUCGGAACCAACUCUAUGAGUCCUACUACCUGAACUUCAUCUCCGCAAUCUCCAGAAGCAAGCUAGAAGAUAUAGCAAGUGCAGCUCUUGCAGCAAAUGCUGUGAACCAGGUGACCAAAGUUUUUGAUCAGUAUUUGAACUUUAUCACACUAGAGGAUGACAUGUUUGUCCUCUGCAAUCAAAACAAAGAACAGAUCUCCUAUCAUGCAAUCAACAAACCAGAUAUCAUGGACACAGAUAUGGAGGUUAUAAUGGACACUAUUGUCGACAGCCUCUUCUGCUUUUUUGUUACUCUUGGUGCUGUCCCAAUAAUCCGAUGUCCAAGAGGGAAUGCGGCUGAAAUGGUUGCUGUGAAACUUGACAAGAAGUUAAGAGAGAAUUUGCGAGAUGCUCGCAACAGCCUCUUCACUGGAGAUACCAUGGGUGCUGGCCAGUUCAGUUUCCAGAGGCCACUAUUUGUUCUUGCUGACCGUAACCUGGAUCUUGCCACCCCACUCCACCACACUUGGACCUACCAAGCCCUCAUUCAUGAUGUCCUGGACUUUCACCUGAACAGAGUAACUUUGGAAGAGUCACUAGGGUCAGAAGCUGGGGCUCGACCCAAAAAGAAGACCAAGAAGAGCUAUGAUCUCACUGCUGCUGACCAGUUUUGGCAGAAACACAAAGGAAGCCCAUUCCCUGAGGUGGCAGAAUCAGUGCAGGAAGAACUGGACAAGUACAGAGCUCAAGAAGAUGAGGUCAAACGACUCAAGAGCAUCAUGGGCUUAGAAGGAGAGGAUGAGGGAGCCAUUAGCAUGUUGUCAGACAACACUGCCAAACUUACCUCAGCUGUCAGUUCUCUACCUGAGCUCUUGGAGAAGAAAAGACUGAUUGACCUUCACACCAAUGUUGCCACAGCAGUUUUGGACCAUAUUAAGUCUCGGAAGCUGGACGUGUACUUUGAGUAUGAGGAGAAACUGAUGAGCAAGUCCACUCUGGACAAGUCCCUCCUGGACAUCAUCACUGACCCUGAUGCUGGAACACCAGAGGAUAAGAUGAGACUUUUCUUGAUCUUCUACAUCACUGCCCAGCAACCCCCAUCUGAGACAUUUUCUUCAUCUCAGGGAGAUCUUGAGCAAUAUAAAAAGGCUUUGAUUGACGCUGGCUGUGACCUCUCCCCCUUGAACUACAUAAAGCAAUGGAAAGCUUUCACAAAGAUGGCUACUACACCAGCCAAUUAUGGCAACAGUGGAGUAAAACCAAUGGGCCUUUUCUCCAGGGUGAUGAAUACUGGCUCACAAUUUGUUAUGGAAGGGGUGAAGAAUCUGGUCUUGAAACAACAUAAUUUGCCAGUUACUCGGAUCUUGGACAACUUGAUGGACAUGAAAUCAAAUCCGGAGACAGAUGAUUAUAGGUACUUUGACCCAAAGAUGCUUCGCGGAAGUGAAAGCUCUAUUCCAAGGAAUAAGAACCCCUUCCAGGAGGCAAUUGUCUUUGUCGUUGGUGGGGGCAAUUAUAUAGAAUAUCAGAAUCUUGUUGACUACACAAAGGCCAAGCAGGGGAAAAGGGUGAUGUAUGGUUGCAGUGAGUUGUUCAGUGCAGCUCAGUUCAUGAAACAGCUCUCUCAGCUGGGUCAAAAGUAGGACAAACUCUGAAAUACUCCCACUCUCCACUUUCUCCUGCUUUCAAAUCCACAAUGAAGACCUCUCCAUUUGUACACCGUUGCCCUUCUAACUAUAGAAUUACUGAUAUUCUGUGUACUUUAUAAAGUUUAACUUAAAUCACUUAACUCUCAACAAUAAAGUUUUAAGUCUUAAAAGAAACUGAAUCCCAGUUUUAAUGCA